AUAACUGCCGGAGUGCCAGCCAAGAGGUUAAGAAAUGAAGAAGAAGAAGGAGAGAUCGUUUUUCACUUCACUCGACGGUUCAUCGGAGUGCUGAUCUGCGCUAGUAUCUAAAUCUUCCCGAUUGGCGCCAGCAGAAUCAGUGCUGUUUUUCGAUAUACGCAGUCCCUUCCCUUCCCGUCCCACUAUUUUCACUUGUGAAUUUGCUUUUCAGCCUUUUUCUCUGGUUGUGCUCUCUCCAACUCUGGUCUCCUGCUAGUCUCCUCUCGUGAACACUCUCUCUCUCUCUCUCUCUCUCUCUCCACAGCCCAUUCCUAUGCAAGAAAAGAAAAGGAGAAAAAGCCCUCUCUCACUAUCCCCAUCCCCUUCUUUCUCCACUGGAACAGGACUACUUUUGGCUCUCUUUUCUUCCCUUACUCUCUCUCCCCCCCUCUCUCUCUCCUAAGCGUUACACACACUCUCACACACUUGCUGGACACUCCCACCCCCCCCCCCCUCCAGCACCAGUACACCCCCCAUGAUGAUGAUGGCAUCUUACUUGAGACUCACUUUUGCUGAUACUGAGGUCCCUCUCCAAUUUUUUGUUAACACUGCUGCUGCUAUUACUGGUACAACACUAGCAGCGGGAGCCAUUCGCCGUCCACCAACUCAUUCUUUCAAAUUCUUUUUCUGGGUUUAGAUAGAGCAGCCAAAAUCCCCAAAAUCCCAACCAACGAUAUUCCUUCCAAUGGCAAUGCAAUUGUUUCCUCAUUCUCAUUCUGCUCUGCUUUUUCUUUCUCGUGCUUUGUUCUUUGCCUUUUUACUGGAGCUAUUCACGCUGAGUCAUCCUCGAGUUAACUCGGAACCCACUCAGGACAAGCAAGCCCUCCUUUCCUUCAUUUCUCGGGUCCCUCACGAGAAUCGCUUGCAGUGGAACUCCUCUGACUCUGCCUGCAACUGGGUCGGCGUCGGAUGCAACACCAACCAGUCCUACGUCUACUCUUUGAGGCUUCCCGGAGUCGGCCUCGUCGGUCAAAUUCCGGCCAACACCCUGGGCCGUCUGACUCAGCUCCGGGUCCUGAGUCUCCGCGCCAACCGACUCACCGGUUCACUCCCCCCCGACUUCUCCAACCUCAAGGCCUUACGCAGCCUCUACCUCCAGAACAACCGGUUCUCCAGCGAGUUCCCGCCGAGUCUCUCCGAGUUGACUCGCCUGACUCGCUUGGACAUCUCCCACAACAACUUCACCGGCUCAAUCCCAUUUUCCGUCAACAAUUUAACCCGUUUAACUGGUCUAUUUCUUGAAGACAAUGGCUUUACCGGUACUCUCCCAAGCAUUAACGCACCCCUAGCGCAAUUCAAUGUCUCCAAUAACCGCCUCAAUGGCUCAAUCCCACAAACUCUGCAGAAAUUUCCCGAUUCUUCUUUCGCCGGUAACAUUAAUCUUUGUGGCGGCCCAUUGCCCCCAUGCAACCCAUUUUUCCCCUCCCCAGCCCCCUCCCCUGCAUCCCUUCCUCAAUCUAAUCCACCCCACAAAAAGUCCAAAAAGCUCUCGACCGCUGCGAUAAUCGGAAUAUCAGUGGCUGCCGGAGCAUUGCUGCUCUUGUUGUUACUAGUCCUUCUACUUUGCCUAUUACGCAGAAGAAAGCAGCAGCCCCCCAAAGCCCAGAAGCCUCCGUCAACUGCAAGGGCAGCUGGGGCAGGCGUUGGGGCAGUGGGAGGGGCAGCAGAGGCAGGGACAUCUUCCUCUAAAGAUGAUGUCACCGGUGGCUCUGCCGGAGAAGAGAGGAAUAAGCUGGUAUUCUUUGAUGGCGGAGGGUAUAGCUUUGAUUUGGAGGACUUGUUGAGGGCUUCUGCUGAGGUUUUGGGAAAAGGGAGUGUGGGGACUAGUUAUAAGGCUGUUCUGGAAGAAGGUACAACUGUGGUGGUGAAGAGGCUGAAAGAUGUGGUGGUGAGUAAGAAAGAGUUUGAGCAGCAAUUGGAGGUCUUGGGAAAGAUCAAGCAUGAUAAUGUACUGCCUUUGAGAGCUUAUUACUAUUCCAAGGAUGAGAAAUUGUUGGUAUCUGAUUACAUGCCUGCUGGUAGCUUAUCUGCUUUGCUUCAUGGGAGCAGAGGGUCUGGUCGUACACCAUUGGACUGGGAUAGUAGGAUGAGGAUUGCCCUAGCUGCUGCUAGAGGCCUUGCGCACCUCCACGUUUCAGGAAAAGUAGUCCACGGCAACAUUAAGUCGUCCAACGUCCUCCUCAAGCAAGAAAACCAGGACGCCUGUGUAUCAGAUUACGGGUUGAACCCACUGUUCUCCAACUCGAGCCCUCCCAAUCACCGAGUUGCCGGCUACCGGGCUCCAGAAGUGCUUGAAACUCGCAGAGUCACAUUUAAAUCUGAUGUGUACGGCUUUGGGGUAUUGUUACUGGAGCUCUUAACGGGCAAAGCGCCAAAUCAAGCUUCGUUAGGUGAAGAAGGCAUUGAUUUGCCUAGAUGGGUCCAAAGUGUUGUUAGGGAGGAAUGGACAGCUGAAGUAUUCGACGUCGAGCUAAUGAGAUAUCACAAUGUGGAAGAAGAGAUGGUGCAGCUUCUUCAAAUAGGGAUGGCAUGCGUUGCUACCGUACCAGACCAAAGGCCCGCAAUGCAAGAGGUGGUCAGAAUGAUUGAAGAUAUGAACAGAGGUGAAACAGACGAUGGGCUACGGCAGUCCUCUGAUGAUCCCUCCAAAGGAUCAGAUAGCCACACACCUCAGGAGUCGAGGUCGUCACCUCGUGGUGUCACUCCCUAGUCCCUACCGGGUGGAAAAUGGUAAAAAUAAGAUCGACAUUUAGGGGAAAUUGGAAAUCACCAAAAAAAAAAAAAAA